ACCUUAAUUUAUAUACCACUACUUCCAUCCUAGUGUGCUUAUCCAGUUUAGGAGGAUGUAUUCAAUCAAGAUUCUGAUGGAUUUUUUUUGUAUUUCGAAAGUAUGUAGAUAUUCAAUUCAGAUUUAAAAAAGUCAUUUAAAAUUUGGGUGUAUUCAAUUCAGAUUUUUACAAAUCUUUCUAAAUAUGAUGGUAUUCAAAAGUUGAUAGAUUUUUAAAGAUUUUUAAUAUUGUAGAUUUUGAUGGAUUUUCAUGCCUACAAAUCCAUGCUCCAAAUCUGACCAUCCAGGGAUUUUGCAGACUUCUCCUUCGAUUUGUGCAGCGGCCACACCAACACACACAGUGAUGGUCCAAAAAGGGGGGAAACAUUGAUACAAAUCACUUGUGCAGAAACUUCAAUCUAAUGGAUGAGAUUUGGGAAAAAGCCGUGGAGACUGCUUUGGAAGGCCAGACAGAUCCGUCUUUCGUCCGGAGUUUGACCAUGGACGGCGUCGUGAAGUGCGUUCACGGCCGCUUGCCUCCGCCGUCAGUUUUUGAGAGAUUUCGGAACCUUCGACAUUUGUCUAUUGCAAACAUAGGCGUCUCCUCUUUGGAACGCUUUCCUCGGCUUCAGAACUUGCAGAAGUUGAUUUUAUCUGACAAUAGAAUCUCCGGAGGGCUAGAUUUGGCAAAGCUCAAGCUUGUUUCUCUCGAUCUGUACGAGUGUCCGGUGACAAGGGUUAUGGAUUAUCGAUCUAGUGUUUGGGACUGAUAGAAUCCUUGAAGUUCCUCGAUAAAACUGAUGCGGAAGG